GUAAGCUACUCCAGUCUCCAUCCUACUUGUUCCUCUGGUGAACUAGGUUAAAUUUACCAAAAAAAAAAUAUGCCUAAACUCCUAAAAAGUAUCGUCACUGUCAUUGAUCUUUUCUACCAAUAUGCCACCCGGGAUGGGGAGUGUGACAUGUUGAACAAGGCAGAACUGAAAGAACUUUUGGAAAAUGAGUUUCAUCAAAUUCUGAAGAAUCCAGAUGAUCCAGACACUGUAGGUAUCAUCAUGCAAAAUCUGGAUCAAGACCGUGACAAGAAAGUGGACUUUAUCGAGUAUCUUCUGAUGAUAUUUAAACUGGCUCAGGCUUGUAAUAAAAUCAUCAGUAAAGAUUACUGCCAAGCUUCAGGGUCAAAGCAGAGAGACCACAAUCACCAGCACCAAGAGGAAAAAAGUGAAACAAAAGAGGAGGACAAAAGGCAAGGUCAUUCAAGGUCAAGUACAGGAGAGAAUGAUUCCAGGGGCUCCAGAAGAAGCAAUAAACACAGGACUGGGUCCAGCUCCAGAAGAAUGGACCAUCAAGGAGGCUUGUCAAGUUCAGAGCACAGGCAAAGCUCUGGGGAAAGAAGAAGAGAGUCAAGUUCAGGCCACUUCAAAGAGAGUAAGAAAAACAGGCAUGGCUCUUAUGAACAAGAGAGGUCUGAGAGUCAUUCUUCUGGUCAGAGGCAACAUAGAACCAAUAAAAGUGGUCAAUCUGGACUUAGUAGACAACUAAAACAGUCUACAAGCAAUGAGGGAUAUGGGUCUGAAUCAGGCCAGUCCAUAAGCAAUGGCAAAAAUCAGUCAAACUCCUAUGAGUCCUCUACUCAGAGAAAACAUAGCAGCAGCUCUACUCAUCAGUCAGGUGGUUAUGGAAGACAAAAUCAUGGCUCUGUGUCAGGCCAGUCCUCUAAUUAUGGAAAAUAUGGACCUGGUUUUAAUCAGUCUUCUAAUCAGAAAUACCAUGAAUCUAGCUCAGGAUCCAGUUUAGGUGAAUCAUCAAGCUGUCGACAACAAGGAUUUGGAUCAGGUCAGUCCUCUGGCUAUGAACAACAUAGAUCUGGCUCAGGUCAAUCUUCUGGCUUUGGGCAACAUGGAUCUGGUUUAGGUCAAUCUUCUAGUUAUAGACAAAAUAGUUCUACUUCAGGAUGUUCAUCAAGCUGUGGACACUAUGGAUCUGGCUCAAGUCAAUCUUCUAGCCAUAGCCAACACUGUUCCAGCUCAGGAGAGUCUUCUCACUAUGGACGACAUAGUUCUGGCUCAAGUCAAUAUUCUGGCCACAGCCAACAUGGGUCUGGCUCAAGAGAAUCUUCUAGCAAUGGACAACAUAGGUCUGGCUCAAGUCCAUCUUUUAGCCCCAGCCGACAUGGGUUGGGAACAGGCCAGUCCUCUGGCUUUGGGCAACAUGGGUCAGGAUCAGGUCAGUCUUCUAGCCAUAGCCAACAUAGGUCUGAAUCAGGUCAGUCUUCUGGCUAUGGACGACAUAGAUCUGGCUUAGGUCAGUCAUCUACAUAUGGUCAUCAAGGGUCUGGAUCAGGUCAGUCUUCUGGCUUUGGGCAACAUGAGUCUAGCUCAGGAGAGUCUUCUGGCACUGAGCAUAGAUCUGGCUUAGGUCAAUCAUCCAGCUCUGGACAGCAUAAAUCUGGAUAUGGUCAGUCAUCUAGCUAUGGACAACAUGGUUCUACUUUUGGGCAGUCAUCAAGCUGUGGUCAACAUGGAUCUGGAUCAGGACAGUCCUCUAGCUAUGGCCAACAUAGGUCUGGCUCAGGCCAGUCUUCUGGCUAUGAUCAACACAGAUCUGGCUCUGGUCAGUCUUCUGAAUAUGGUCAUCAUAGAUCUGGAUCAAGUCAAUCUUCUGGUUUGGGACAACAUGGGUCUAGCUCAGGUCAUUCUUAUGGCUUUGGGAAACAUGGGUCUAGCUCAGGUCAGUCGUAUGGCUUUGGGCAACAUGAGUCUAGCUCAGGAGAGUCCUCUGGCACUGAACAUGGAUCUAGCUUAAGUCACUCAUCAAACUCUGGACAGCAUGAAUCUGGAUACAGUCAGUCUUCUAGCUAUGGACAACAUGGUUCUGCUUCUGGACAACAGUCAUCAAGCUGUGGUCAACAUGAAUCUGGGUCAGGCCAGUCUUCUGGCUAUGGCCAACACAGAGCUACCUCAGGUCAGUCCUCUAGAUAUGGUUAUCAUGAGUCUGGAUCAGGUCAGUCUUCUGGCUUUGGACAACAUUGGUCUGGAUCCAGCCAUCAUUCUAGCUAUGGCCAGCCUGGGUCUGAAUCAGGCCAGUCUUCUGGCUAUGGUCAGCAUGGGUCUGGCUCAGGACAGUCUUCUGGCCAUGGUCAGUAUGGUUCUGGCUCAGGUCAAUCCUCUACCUAUGGACAAUAUGGUUCUGCUUCAGGACAGACAUCAAACUGUGAUCAACAUGAAUCUGGAUCAGGCCAGUCUUCUGGCUAUGGGCAACAGAGACGGGGCUCAGGUGAGUUCUCUAGAAAUGGUUAUCAUGAGUCUGGUUCAGGUCAGUCUGCUGGCUAUGGCCAACAUGGGUCUGGAUCCAGUCAGUCUUCUAGUUAUGCCCGACAUGGGUCUGGAUCAGCUCAGUCUUCUGGAUUUGGGCAACAUGGGUCUGGCUCAGGUCAGUCUUCUAGCUAUGGUCACCAUAGGUCUCAAUCAGGACAGUCUUCUGGCCAUGGUCAGUAUGGUUCUGGCUCAAGCCAAUCCUCUAGCUAUGGACAAUAUGGUUCUGCUUCAGGACAGACAUCAAGCUGUGGUCAACAUGAAUCUGGAUCAGGCCAGUCUUCUGGCUAUGGACAACAAAGGUCAGGCUCUGGUCAGUCCUCUUUGUAUGGUCAUCAUGGGUCUGGAUCAGGUCAAUCUUCUGGUUUUGGGCAACAUGAAUACAGCUCAGGAGAGUCCUCUGGCAAUGAACAGGGAUCUGGCUUAGGUCAGUCAUCAAGCUCUAGACAGCACAAAUCUGGAUAUAAUCAGUCCUCUAACUAUGGACAACAUGGUUCUGCUUUUGGACAGUCAUCAAGCAGUGGUCAACAUGCAUCUGGAUCAGGCCAAUCUUCAGGCUUUGGGCAACACUGGUCUGGAUCAGGUCAGUUUUCUGGCUGUGGGCAACAUGGGUCUGAAUCUGGUCAGUCUUCUGGCUUUGGUCAACAUAGCUCUGGAUCAGGCCAGUCUUCUGGCUAUGGAGAACAUGGGUCUGGAUCCACUCAGUCUUCUAGUUAUGGCCAACAUGGGUCUGGGUCAGGUCAGUCUUCUGGUUUUGUGCAACAUGGAUCUGGCUCAGGUCAGUCUUUUAGCUAUGGUCACCAUAGGUCUCAAUCAGGACAGUGUUCUGGCCAUGGUCAGUAUGGUUCUGGCUCAAGUCAAUCCUCUAGCUAUGGACAAUAUGGUUGCGCUCCAGGACAGACAUCAAGCUGUGGUCAACAUGCAUCUGGAUCAGGCCAGUCUUCUGGCUAUGCCCAACAUGGGUCUGGAUCAAGUCAGUCUUCUAGUUAUAGCCAUCAUGGGUCUGAAUUAGGCCGGUCUCCUGGCUUUGGGCAACAUGGGUCUGGAUCCAGCCAGUCUUCUAGUUAUGGCCAACAUAAGUCUGGAUCAGGCCAGUCUUCUGGCUUUGGGCAACAUGGUUCUGGAUCCAGCCAAUCUUCUAGUUAUGGCCAAAAUGGGUCUGGAUCAGCUCAGUCUUCUGGCUUUGGGAAACAUGGAUCUGGCUCAGGUCAGUCUUCUAGCUAUGGUCACCAGAGGUCUCGAUCAGGACAGUCUGCUGGCCAUGGUAAGUGUGGUUCUGGCUCAGGUCAAUCCUCUAGCUAUGGACAAUCUGGUUCUGCUCCAGGACAGACAUCAAGCUGUGGUCAACAUGCGUCUGGAUCAGGCCAGUCUUCUGGCUAUGGCCAACAUGGGUCUGGAUCAAAUCAGUCUUCUAGUUAUAGCCAUCAUGGGUCUGGAUCAGCUCAGUAUUCUGGUUUUGGGCAACAUGGGUCUGGAUCCAGCCAGUCUUCUAGUUAUGGCCAACAUGGGUCUAGAUCAGGUCAGUCUUCUGGCUAUGGCCAACAUGGGUCUGGAUCCAGUCAGUCUUCUACCUACAGCCAACAUGGGUCUGGAUCAGGCCAGUCUUCUGGAUUUGGGCAACAUGGGUCUGGAUCCAGCCAGUCUUCUAGUUAUGGCCAACACAAGUCUGGAUCAGGUCAGUCUUCUGGCUUUGGACAACAUGAGUCUGGAUCCAGUCAGUAUCCUAGCUAUGGCCAGCAUGGGUCUGGAUCAGGUCAGUCUUCUAGCUAUGGCCAGCAUUGGUCUGGUUCAGGUCAGUCUUCAGGCUCUUGGCAACAUGGGUCUGGAUCAGGUCAGUCUUCUAGCUAUGGCCGACACAGGUCUGGCUCAAGUAGAUCUUCUAGUCACAGCCAACAUGGGUCUGGCUCAGGUCAGUGUUCCAGUUCUGAACAAUAUGGGUCUGGACCAUGCCAUUCAUCUAGCUCUGAGCAGUGUGGUUCUAGAUUUGGUCAGGGUUCUAGCUCUGAGCAAUAUGGGUAUGGGUCAUGUCACUCAUCUACCUCUGGACAAUGUGGUUCUGGAUCUGGUCAGUAUUCUCACUCUGAAGAUUACAGAUCUUGUUCAUAUCACCCAUAUAGCUCUGGGCAAUGUGGUUCUGAAUCUGGUCAGUGUUCUAGCUAUGAGCAACAUGAAAUACAAGGGAGAUGUAGAUCAAGUUCAAGUGAAACUCGUAAUGAAUACAGUAGACCCAAAAUGUGCUUGAUCCCUAAUCAAUCAAGAAGCAAUAGCCAGGAAUGGUCAGAGUGUGGCCAAAAAGAAAGAGGUAGGAGUUAUGGCCUAUCAGAUAGUGGGUCUGAUGGAUAUGAGAGUAUUCAUGGACAAUCAAGAACAUGUAGGCAACAAAGCCAAGGAUGGAGCCAAGGUCCAUCUGACUGUAUCCAUUCAAAUUGUAAUGAAGAACAAAUAAGAAGCAGUUAUAGACAAGAAGUAAGCUCAUCAAGUUGUGGUUCUAGACAAUUUACACCCUCCUAUGGACAUUUUAGAUCCAACACUACCAAUACACUGUUAAUUUGCAAGGAGGGUAAUAUACAAGGUGACUAUUGUGAUAAGAGAGGAGGAGAUAAUUGUGCAGGGGGAAGUACCAGCCCAAGUUCCCAAAGUUUCCCUAGUAGCACGCCACUCUAUAAAUAUAUCCAAGAGCAGAGGUACCAGUUCUAGGGAUGAAUAAUAAAUAUAAGUGAAAUUAAUUCAAGUAUCCAUUCAAGAAAUACAAAAAUGUUACAGAUAAGCAAUUCAUUAUAAAACUCCUUUUAAAAGCAAGUAUAUCUAUUUCUUACUCUAAACAUGUACUCUAUUCCUUGUUAUUAAGUUUUCCUCAGAAGAAUGUAGGGUAUGUGGGCACUUUGUUAGGAAAUAUUGAGUUGAACAAAUUUUGUGUGAGAAUAAAUUUAAAAGAAUAAUACAAAGCAUAUGAGAAGCAUGGGGUUUAGUUGAGGUAUCUUUUUGAGAGUUCAUUACUAAACUUUCAGUGUAAGUCUAAAGAUCAAAGUAUUAGAAAUGCAUUACCAGUUCUGGGGUCAAAGCCUCUCUUAUAGCAACAUGGAGGGACCAUAAUUGUGGUAUCCUCCACAUUGGAUGGUGACAGAAUGGAGAAUAUUCUAAAAGCAAAAAUGUAAUGUUGGUUGUUUCCUUACUUAUCAAAACCACCAAGAGCCUCUUCUUGGGUAAGUCUUUAAUAAGUAAGUUUAACAAGUGUCAUUUAAAAAAAUGGGACCAAGAGCUUCUCCCUUGCCAGUGAGUGAGAGCAUUCUUUCUUAAACAGCAGGGAUGGACCCUGCUGGAUAAAGGAAUCCAAAUGUGGAUUCUAACUUGGUUUCAGCAAGAAAAUUCUUGCCCCCUACUCCUAAGAAUUUGCCCCAGGUUAAAAAAGGAAGAGCAAUAGCAUGGUCUCCAACCUACUUUUAUAGUUCAUUGGUCUUUCCACAUAGGAAAAUACCAUUUGUGCCCAUAUGGAAAAGAAGACUAUCUGCCACUGCUUUAUAGUUUUUGGCUUGACUAUAAAAUAUUUGUUUCAAGUCUUUGGAUCCAAUAACUGUAUUGCAUAAAAUUGAUAAUAAAUAAUCAUGACCAAA